UGCAGGUCAAUAACCAAAGGAUCGGGAAUUCUCGUCCAGAGACUAUAUGGAAAGUUUAUAUUAUUGGUGAGAGGCCGCGGCCGCCUGGCGCCAGCGAGCUUCACCCCCUCCACAACCCCAUCGGACUGCAGCAUGCACUAAAGAUCCCGUACAUUUUCUUUAAAGAGUCCGCGGCGGCGAGAGGGCGCGACCGCGGCCCCGGCCACACCGCCGCCGCGCGCGCCGCCCGCCACACGUCUCGUCCGGCUACGUCGGUACACAACAAACACGCGACAGUCCUCGGCACCAGCCACACAGUCGUAGCAAACACAACGUGCCUGACAGUGCCCGACACCGCUUGUUGCAGAGUGCGCGCCGGCGCCAUGGACGCGCGCAACGGGGAGACGUUGCGGCUGCACUCCACCAACAUGUCGCCCAAGGGGGACCCGGGAGCUGAUACAUCAGGGAGCAAUCAUCUUGACAGCCCCGGCAAGGGCAGCGUCGAAGAUGACUACGACCCACAUCUGCAUCGGGAAACCGAAGGCGCAUCCAAUAAUAUUGAGGCAUUGGUCAACCUUUUGAAGUGCAGCCUUGGCACCGGCAUCCUGGCGAUGCCGCAAGCGUUCGCCAAUGCCGGCAUCGUCACCGGCAUCAUAUCCACAAUCGUCGUCGGCAUCAUCGUCACGCACUGUCUAGACAUUCUUAUCAAGUCCCAAUACUGGGUUUGCAAGACCAAGCGAGUGCCGCUGCUGACGUACCCGGAGACGAUGCGCGGCGCGCUGUCGGCCGGGCCCGGCUUCAUGCGCAAGCUGGCGCAGCCCUCCGCCGCUUGCGUCGACUCUUUCCUCGUCGUCUACCAGCUCGGCAUUUGCUGCGUCUACAUCGUCUUCAUCGCAAGGAACAUGAAGCAGCUCGUGGACCCAUACCAAGAAUUGCGGACCGAGUGGUUCUUGCUGUUCAUCUUAGUGCCCCUGAUGGGCUUUAACCUGAUCCCGAGCCUAAAGAUGCUGGCGCCGUUCUCAAUGGUGGCCAACGUGCUGACGGUGUUGGGGCUUGGCAUCAUCGUGUACUACGUGUCCUCGGACAAGAAGUCUCAGGAGCCGCUGGACCUCUGGGGCUCGGCGGCAACGUUUCCACUUUUUUUCGGAACAGUAUUGUUCGCUUUGACUGCUGUGGGAGUGGUGGUGGCGAUAGAGAACAAUAUGAAGACGCCGAAGUCGUUCGGCGCGCCGUGCGGCGUGCUCAACACCGGCAUGACGCUGAUCGUGGUCGUGUACGUGGUCGUCGGCGCGCUCGGCUACAAGUUCUGCGUGUCCGAGUGUUCCGACUCCAUCACCCUCGACCUGCCUAAUAACUGGGUGUCGACGACUGUACUCAUCAUGUACAUGGUGGCUAUCUUCAUCAGCUACGCGUUGCACUGCUACGUGCCCGUGGAGAUAGUGUGGCGAGACUACGUCAAGCCGCGCCUGGAGAAGGCCGGCUCGCAACGCCUGCGCCUAUGGGAAUACGUCGUCAGGAUCGUCUUGUGUCUCAUCACAUUCGUACUGGCGGCGGCGGUUCCUCGCCUGGGCUUGUUCAUCUCUCUGUUCGGAGCAUUCUGUCUUUCCGCGCUGGGCAUCUGCUUCCCGGCCAUGAUGGAGCUGUGCUGCUCCUGGCCGGAUAACCUCGGGCCCGGACGCAUCAAGAUGUACAAAGAUAUCGCCUUGUUCCUCAUCGGCAUAAUCGGUUUGGUCGCCGGCACCUACACCGCCCUGGUGGCCAUCGUCAAUUCGUUCAUGUAGCUAGUCACGUGACCCUUGGCAAGGUCCACCCGACCUUGCCUAGGGUUCAUAAGAAGUUUAGGCUUUUAACGCAACGUUUACAAACUAGAAAAUAAAUAGACAAAAUUUAAAUCUGAUAGAGACAAAACUCAUCAGUUGAUUCGUUUUCAUAGUAGAUAGUUGGAGCUGCGUAGUUAUGAUUUUUUGUAUGUAGAAGUACCUAGAUAGAAAUGCAAUAAUAUUAUACAUCCAAGGAUCCUGCACUUAUUAUACAAUGAGUAUUUGCAUUAGAUAUUGGUCGUAAUCACCCCACGACGCCUGCGGCCGGAGCGGUUCAUGAACGAACUCCGGCGGAUGCUGCAGCAAGCCUUGUAAUCGCAAUAUCUUCAGUUUAUAAUAAUACAACUGGCUUUUAUAAGUCGAAUCAACCCAUCAACUAUUCUUCAAAAAAAUUAAUCAAAAUAAAUUUCAGACAUUUUGCCAACCCGUCGUGGAGGACUGUUCAAAAUAUGAUCCAAAUUCGUAUCUCUAUUAUCUAUUUGCUACUUAUUUAUUAGAGAUAAAUUAUAUUUUUGUGCCAUACCACUAGCUACGGCGGGUGACUACGGCCUGGGCUUUACACUUUCUUGUAAAAUACUUUUGUUUGAUGUUCAGUCUAUAAACUCAUGUAUACUAACUUCCAUUUUUGUUUCGUCUAAUAGCUAUCUAAUAAUAAAUAAAGAUGAACUAUUAUUAGCUAUCAUAACAAAGAAAGGAGAAUGGAUUCUUGACCUUACAAUCUUGUGACGACAGAGCAUACUCGUAAGAGGGAAACAUCAAGAGGGAGAGACUCAUUCAUAAUCAUCCGCCUACCCAUAUUAUUUCAAAUAAAGUGACCAUAAUAAGGGUUGGUGAAGCAUGAUAAUCUUGCUAUCAAAUCAAAACAGUUCGAAAAUAAUUUAGGUACAUCGUAUUUUUACGCUUCAUAGAACUAGUAUAAAGCCUUGCGCUCUAUAGAAUAAUUCGAAUUGUGAGCUUAGGAGUAUGGGACGAGAGCAGGGCCUCCUCAGCUUGACACAACACAUUCCUAGACCGUAUUGUUGUUAAGCCAAUAUAGGUGAUGUUAAUUUGUUAUUGUUUAUUACUGCUACUAGGUAACUGGUUUUGAUUUGUAUUGUAAUACAUGUUUUAUAUUUCUAA